GAGUCCAGAGAGUUUCUGCAGUUCUUCACUGAGAAGCUGCAGUUCCAGCCCCUGCCUGCAGAGGGCCCCGUGUCUUUCAGAGUGGUGGAGCUGCCUCAGAGACAUCACCUGUGUAAGGUCAAGUCUCUGAACAGAGGAGACGCCAACUCUGAGGUCACAGUGUACUACCAGUCGGGCCUGAGGCAGCUCAGGGAGCAUGCUCUGAUGCAGCUCAUGGUGGUGCACAUGGAGGAACCCUGCUUCCACUUCCUGAGGACCGAGGAGACCCUGGGGUACCAGGUGUACCCAUCCUGCAGGAACACCUCAGGGGUUCUUGGGUUCUCCAUCACUGUGGAAACACAGGCCACCAAGUUCAGGUGAGCCCAGAAGAACCUGGUCCUCCUACAGACAGACCAGGUCAUAGUUUGUCUUCUGUUCCUUCACCUUGACCCAGUCCAGUCCUCUGAGUCCAGUCCAGUCCUCUUUGAGUCCAAUCCUCUUUGAGUCGAGUCCUCUCUGAGUCCAGUCCUCCUCAA